GGGGGGGGGGGGGGGUCACAGAACCCGCAAUUUACUAUUACAGACAUUUAAUUCUUGGUAAGAUGUAGUAGGUAGGGGUAGUUAACAACAUGUUAUUAGGGUUUUCUAAGGAUUUUGAAAUGGUCUUUUAGGAGAUAAAUUAAUUGUGUUUUGGAGAAAAUAGUAGGAGAUCUUUCCUCUGUGUUUGAUCUCUUAUCUUCUAGUCUCGCUUGUUGUAUCACUCCCCUCUUUAUAUCCCUUUUGCUGCAUAGAUGGAUGAUACCGAGGCAAUUGACAACUGUGCUUCAUAGAGCCUCUAUGUUAGGUGAUCCCAAGAAGAUGGACCACUUGCUUUCACUUCAUGGAGCCAAGGAAAGGCUACAGCUGUUUGAAGCUAACUUAAUGGAAGAAGGAUCAUUUGAUUCAGUGGUCGAUGGUUGUGAAGGUGUCUUACACACAGCAUCGCCUGUUUUUCUAGAAUCCAGCAAUCCACAGCUUCAUUAUGACACUUCAAGUGGCUUUUGUUUCCAUUAUGAAUGUGCUGGUUUGUUUCUCCAUGUCAUUUUAGUGAUUCAAAUGACUCUUAUACGGUCUUGGGUAGAACUCAACCCCAAAAACUAGCUAUUGAAGUAAGGGUGUCCUCACGCUUAUAUACUUCAUAUUACUUUGGUACUCAAGCCAUCAGGCGAUGUGGCACUUUGCUUCGCAAUAACAUAGUAGGAAUAGGAAUCAUGGUAUGCAUUUAGAUAAUUAACUUUUGGUUUGAGAUCCAGCCACUUUUAGAAUUCAGAAAUCAAGCAACAUGGUAGAGGUUGAAGAAAAGGAGGCACAAAAGUUGUCCAGAUUUCGCCACCAUCCCUUGCCCACAACCCCACCUCCACCAAACAAAAAAAAAGAAAGAAAGGAGAAGAGAAGAAGAAACAGGAACACAUUACUAUGAGUCACUGAUAUCAUGUUUCAUAUUUGAUAUAAGGAUGGGGGUUAGUCAGUUUAGCUUAGAGAGUUAGAUAGGUUUGUCAUAUGCUGAUGUGGCAUGGAAGUGGACAGUGCUCUCCGCGAUCGGGAAAGUGGCCAGAUGUGCUUUUAAGUCAAAGUCAGUUACGGAGCUGCUGUCCUGAAGUCAGUGAGCGGAAACUGCGCUCUUUCCUUCUUUGAGUUGGCUUUCCAAAAUGUAUAUCAUAUCAAGGUUAG